AUGGUCUCGGACGCGUGUGUCUCCUACGGCACCAUCAACCACCUGAACGAACAGAUCUACACCCUCCUCAACUCCAUCACCCAAGAUACCGAUUUCUUCUCCUACUACCGGCUGAACUUGUUCAACAAAGAAUGCCCGUUCUGGUCUGACGCGAAUAGUAUGUGCGGCAACAUCGCCUGCUCCGUGAACACCAUCGAGUCCGACGAGGAUAUCCCGCUCACCUGGCGCGCGGAGGAACUGAGCAAGCUGGAGGGUCCCAAGGCAAACCACCCGCCUCGCAAUAUCCAGGCCGAGCGCCCCAAAGAGCGACCACUACAGGGUAUGCUGGGUGAAGGCGUCGGGGAGAGCUGUGUGGUCGAGUACGACGACGAGUGCGAUGACCGGGACUACUGUGUCCCCGAAGAUGAGGGCUCUACCGGAAAGGGCGACUAUGUGAGCUUGGUGGAUAACCCGGAGCGGUUUACUGGAUACUCGGGGUCCGGUGCGCACCAGGUUUGGGACGCGAUUUACCGGGAGAACUGCUUCAUGAAACCUAUGGCAGAGGAGCUGCAGGAGCAGUCACUUAAUGUGCCGACAGGCGGACUCCAGGCCGUUUCGGAUUUCCGGAAUGUGCUCCAGAAGGAGUCGCAGCGACUCGAAGGGCUGCCGUUGGAUAACGAGUGCUUGGAGAAGCGGGUGUUCCACCGCCUCAUCAGCGGCAUGCACGCCUCCAUUUCCACCCACCUUUGCUGGGACUACCUCAACCAGACCACCGGCCAGUGGCAUCCCAAUCUGGAGUGCUACAAAGAGCGGCUGCACAAGCACCCGGAGCGCAUCUCGAACAUGUACUUCAACUACGCACUCGUCUCGCGUGCCGUAGCCAAGCUGCGCAAGCACCUCCAAAGUUACACGUUCUGCACCAGCGAUCCGACACAGGACGCUGAAACCAAGUCGCGCGUCACUCAGCUGACCAAAAUCUUGGGGGAACCGCCGCAGAUUUUCGAUGAGAACCUGAUGUUCCAGGACCCCGGCGCCCAGGGCCUGAAGGAAGACUUCCGUAACCGCUUCCGCAACGUCAGCCGGCUGAUGGACUGCGUCGGCUGCGACAAGUGCCGGCUGUGGGGCAAGCUGCAAGUCAACGGGUACGGCACGGCGCUGAAGGUGCUGUUCGAGUACGACGAGACGAAGAACGGGGAGAACCCGCCGCUGCGUCGGACCGAGCUGGUGGCCUUGAUCAACACGCUCGGCCGCAUCUCGCACAGCCUGGCGGCUUCGCACAGUUUCCAUCGAGCCUUAGAGUCUGGCCAACAUAAUGCGUUCCCUAUUCACGGUUCGGCUCCGUACACGCACCACCAUUCGGCCAAGGAUGAAGAAAAGCACCAUAAACGGCGCAUCUUCAAGGACGGCGGCUCGACCUUUUAUUACGAAGGUGACGAGGGCAAUUUUAUCUACGGGCGAUAUAAGCGUGAGCGCAUGCCCUGGGAACGACCACCUCCCAACCCCGAUGCGACUUUCUUCGAGGAACUCAAGGUGGAAUGGGACCUUGUCUGGGGCACAUUCAAGUAUGUGCUGCAGAGCUGGUUGGACAUCCCGCGGACCCUGUAA